AUGAAUACUGAUUCCAGUUUAUCACCAACAAAUAAAGAUUCAACACUUAUGAAUACAUCUUCAAAUUUGAAUAUGAUGCAAACAGCUACAUAUUAUCAUAAACAAUAUCAAUCAACUAUUGAUGACGUUUUUCCAGCAUCAAAUGAUGUUUCAUCAUCAGUUAAUAAUAUGAUAUCAUCAUUAACAUUUUCUAAGUCAGUUACAAAUUCAAUGCGUGAGUAUGAAUAUCCAUGGAUGAGACCAGGUAUUUAUAAAUAUUUAACACGUCGACGACGAAUUGAAAUUGCUCGUAGUCUUGAAUUAACUGAACGACAAAUUAAAAUUUGGUUUCAAUGUCGUCGAUGUUGCGAGCAAUAUGGGAAGUUUAAAUCGCGUAAUGAUCCAUAUGUUCAACUCGAAGCAAAUGCAACAAAUCAUGGUCAAAAUCAUCAUUCAUCUGGUAUAUCAACUAAUGAUACAUCAUGA